GGCAGUAGGUGCGGCGUGAGACAAAACGAGUUCAUUCAUCUUCCUACCUUGCCGCGGCACUGACUGUGUGAAUAAAUCUGUGUUUCGUCCGCGUCACACCGCUAAUAAAUAAAUAGUCAACGUAUUAUUAACUGGCGCUCAUUGCUGGUGUCAGUGUCAUAAAGGCAACACGCCUUCACACGAAAUAUUGACAUUAGUCAUCUGUGAUAUAACGAUUAAUAAAUACCAUUUAGGUUAUAUUAAUCGGACACCGGCGGGGUGAUGAUAAGUGCAGCGUGAGGCAGACAACAGUGCUAAGUGACUUUAAAAACUUUCGAGAUGGAGACCGCAACUUGGAAGUACAAUUUGGAUACUACUCCCAAUUACUCGUACAUUUUCGAUUUUGAGAGCGAGUUUAUCCAUCAGAAUUCGAGGAAAUGGAUGACGGAGAAUUGGACUGUGGCGUUUUACUACGUGGGAGUGUACAUGGCUAUAAUUUUCUUCGGGCAUCGCUACAUGCAGACCCGUCCCAGAUUCGAGCUAACACGGACGCUGAUAGUAUGGAACAGUACGCUCGCGGCCUUCAGUAUCAUGGGCGCGUGUCGGACCCUGCCCGAGUUCAUCCACGUGCUACGGAACUACGGCAUCUAUCACUCCGUCUGUGUUCCUAGUUUCAUCGAGGCCGACAAAGUGUCCGGUUUCUGGACGUGGAUGUUCGUGCUGUCCAAAGUACCGGAGCUGGGCGACACGGUGUUCAUAGUCCUGCGCAAGAAGCCGCUCAUCUUCCUGCACUGGUACCACCACAUCACGGUGCUGCUGUACUCCUGGUUCUCGUUCACGGAGUUCACCUCCUCGGCGCGCUGGUUCGUCGUUAUGAACUAUUGUGUGCACAGCGUGAUGUACUCGUACUACGCGCUGGUGAGCAUGGGCAAGUACCCGCCCAAGGUGCUGGCCAUGACCAUCACGGUGCUGCAGCUGACGCAGAUGAUCGUCGGCUGCGCCAUCAACGUGUACGCCCACAACUACAUCACCAGCGCCAGCGGCGCCUGCGGCAUCAGCCAGUUCAACAUCAAACUCUCCAUGGCCAUGUACUUCUCCUACUUCAUCCUCUUCGCCCGCUUCUUCUACAAAGCGUACCUCUCCCCCAAGCCGGGCAAGAAAGCCAAAUCCGAACCCGUCGAGAGCCAAACUCCCAGCGCCAAAAAGAACUACAACGAGUACCCUCGGCAACGGAACGGCGUCGUCGCCCACUAGUCAUAGCGAGUUGUGAUACGUGCUAGGUUAUUGUACAGUUCCCGUAUGGCUGCAAGGGUACCCGCCGGCUCCACCGCAACAUUCACCCACAGCGUGAUUCUUUCAAUUACAUUAUUCGGAACAAACAACUUUCAAGUGACGCUAGCGAAACGUCAAACGUUGUGAAUAAUUUAAUAGGUGAUUAGGUUGAAUAAUGCUUCUCAUUAUUUGCUCAUUUUGGUAUUAGUUUCUUUUUAUAUCUAGAUUAAUUGGAACAUAAUGUGCGUCUCUCGCACAUAGUAUAAAUAUUCAAUCAAAUUAUUCUCUCGGUAAUGAUGAGACUUUGAUAUCUACGUGACACCAGUCAUAAAAACAGGCACGGUGGUUUAAAUUUUAAAGUAGCGAAUCGUAGGCAAAAUGUAGGUAAUUUUUAAAGCUAGGUUGUUGCGUUGCGGCCGGCGGCCCACCGGCCCGGCGCCGGCGCGAUACAUUCCGCUAGAUUGUACAGCCGGCCACUAGACUCUGUCGGUAAACCUAACUAACUUCUAGACCAGAAUAAAUCGUCAUCUAUACAAAUAAAAUAAAAACACCAGAUAUCCUACCGGUAAGACAUUAAAAUAUGUCGAUUGAGAACAUAUUGACUUAAAAAAGUAUGUGUAACUGGUUUCGCGAAGCACAGGCAUUUUUUUUAUAGUCCAUUGUGGGCUGUUUUGUUGACACUCGAUCAGAUAGGAUUACCGACCGCGUCGUGUCGUCUAUCGGCUUUAGUGUACGCUUCUGUGAGUAGUGACGCCCUCCCAGAGUGAACUGAUGCUUUUAAAUGGGUUCUUUUUCUUUGUAACUUUUUUCGACGCUUUUAUACAUGAAUUAUAUCUCUUGCAUUAGGGUGACUGAUUGUUGCAGUGGCGUUUAAAGAAUAUCUGCCACUUUAGAGCAUAUUUCGCCCGCUCUGUUAAACUUUAUAGCGACUUUUACCCCAAUUCGUACGGUCCGCUGUUUUCCGACCCAUAUAAAAGCAGUAGUUUUGUUGUUUAUCGUAUUUAUUACUUAAAGAAAACUGAGUGAUUUUAAGGUAAUUUAUUUGUAAAUGGGUUAUAUACCUCUACAUUUAGUAAGGUUAUGGUUUCGCUGUGUGACCGUUGUUGUCUAGGUUAGAUAACUUUGAAUCGCUUGUCAAACAAGCGCACAAAGUGUAAGAUUACAAUUCCUGCUAGGGGAGUAAGCAAUAUUAAUGUUUGAUGAAAUUGACAGUGCUUUAGUGGAGGCCUAUGAAUUAGAUGGUCCAGUUCUAUAAGAGUUCGCCGCAUCUAAAAUUACAUUCACAACGGUUACAACUUUGAAACUACAAUGAUUACGCAUAGUUUAAACAAAACUCUGAGAACUGAACCAUCGGCGUGAUCGUGUGCUAGCCACAAAUAAUUCCAAAAAAAGAACUUCAAAUGUCUUUUGGCUUCGCCUCAAUACUGAGCAAGCCAGUCGUCAUAGAAUUGUGCCAUGUGGUACAGUCGCCAUCAGAUAUAUAAGAGCGCCCGAGGUACUCAAAAAUAUCUGAACACGCCUCUAACGCCUAGGCAAUAGAGGCGUGUUCAGAUAUUUUUGAGUACCUCGGGCGCUCUUAUAUAUCUGAUGGCGACUGUACUGACGCUAGUAUGUAUAGCGCAACCAAUGUGGCUACCAUGAUUGUAUGACUCGAUAGCUUAAACGUCACGGAGAAUGACAUUCAAUGCAUGUAGAAAGCGAAUAGCGUCGCCAAACGGAUACUAGAACCAAAAAUUAGGUGUACGGCCACGGAAUUUAAUUUUUGAUCCACUUCUAGCCCAUUUUUGUAAAAUUGUUUAUUAUCUGUGUGCUUUCGAAUAAAAAAUAUUCUAUUCUAUUCUAUUUUUAUUCUGCAAACGCCAUAGCUUAACUAUGAAAUUACAAAACGAUUAUGGCCCCUAAAUGGCUCAAUAAUUAAAGUCCGUGAGUGUACACAUUUUUCAUGAAGUUUACGCUAUCAUUUUAAAACGUCAUGGUAAGUGAAACUGUGCGCGGCUUCUGGUCGGAAAAUUUAAAUUUAAGUGUACCUCAUUCGGAACGAUGCAUCGUUUUAAGCUCGUAUCAGAGAUUGUAUAGGUUUUGUAAGAAUGAAGCCAGAGCAGACGUUAUACGUAGAUUACGUAGCACUAAGGACGUCAGUGAUUCUUUAGCAUCGUAUCUCUUGGGUACAUGACAUGAUUGCUGGAAUAUUUUGACGCAAGACAUUUGAUACUUGUUCUUAAUCACCAAGACGAUUAUACCUAAAAUAAACGCGGGUUUUUAUCCGGAUUCUAACGUCACAAAGAUGUUGGAAAUACAUAUUUGUUUGUAAAUAUGCUAAUAUAAUUCCAAGCCAAUGCUUAUGUUAAGAGCAGAGUAGGUACUACUACAGAUUGUUGAGAUUGACGUAUGGAUUUAUCAACUUUUUCUUGUUACUCGUGAAUUACUAUUAAAGGUCUAGUAUUUUCGAAUUUAAAUCAACCAAACUUGCAUUCUUAGCUAGUUAUAAGGCCGGUCCAUAAUGGGACUUCUACUAAAGCAUGUUUUUGAACAGUAGUAUUUGUAGCAAAGCAACUAUUGUCUCCGAGCUGACGGUACGGAAUUACAACAAGAAAUUGUUGAUGGACCCAUUUUAGUCCUAUCUCGUGACGGUUAUAUAGCUUACGAAUAUGGAAAUAUGCUUAGCAUGUGGCUCGUGGCAAACAAAAACAUAGCAUUGCGAAAGAUAGUGCUGUUUAGACCUGUGUGCGUGUCGAUAUUAUAAACUAAUGUGAGGUUAGCAUGAAGUGAUGCUAACUUAGACGCACACAAAUUAGUUGUAAGCGUUACUAAAAGUCCAAAAUAGUUAGUCAUUUUACUAUUAGUGUUGGAAAUUCUGACAAUUACGUACUUACAUUUGGUCAGACAUACGCCCUUAACUAGUGCUUUUGUGGAGAUACCUGAAUAGUGCAAAAUAUAAGAAUUAACAUUCUAAGGCUCUGAAACUUUACCUCUUCUUUAAGGGCGCUGAAAUUCUACAUACUUGUGAUAAGUUAUAGACAAUUUAAAACACCUCCGGGUUAUUCGACCAAAUGUAAGGAAUCAUACCAUAGACCCUGUGUCAGUGAUAUAAAUAUAAUGUUCCCGUCAAGUACAUAGUAACGAAAAAUAGCAUUUGAAUUUAGAUAAUCGUUGUUGAUAUUUCCCCUGACAUCUUACGGGUUUAGACCAGUUUAAAAUUGAACUGGAUCGCUGUCAAAGAGAAGGAAGACAAAAAAUUUGACCUGUAAAUGGACUCUUAACUUGGCAUCUCUUUUUUGAACACAAAAACAUGAGGUAAUCUGUAUGUGUCUAUGUCUAUGUCUAUAAAACGUCUAUUCCAUCCGACGACGUCGUUGGCAACAUUUGCCCCUAGCUCUAAAUGUAGUCGGUUUUCGCCUUCUACUUUUCAUUGACGAGAUCCAGUUGUACAAUAAUUUUAGAUUAGAAAAUGUAUUCCCUAAAAUGACUUAAAUUCGGUUGGCCAUUGGACAACCAUGUAGUGGUAGGCCUGGUCAAUUUCGUCUAGUUCCACUAUGCAAGUCACAAUUACUAGCUAAGUUCUUAAAAGGUUAUAAAUAAUUUAUAUUUUGCAGAUAGGCUGUUAUUUUUCAUCGUCCAGUCCAUUGUUUUAUUUAUGGAUAGGUGGGUUUAGACAUUAUUUAGAAUAUUAAGCUAAUAUAAAUAUUUGAUUAGGAAAUAUAUUUUAUUUGUUAUGUAUUUUGUUAUUACAAACAAAUCAUAAUAUGGAUUGAACCUUGUUCUGGGUUUAUUGUCAUUGAAACAAGUAGUGGAUAUUGUGAUGUUUCUUAUUUUGUUUUAUGACAAUUUUAUUUUUUUAACUGCCUCGUUAAUGAAUCAUGUAUUUUUCAAAUAUGCAAUGCAGUGAUCAGAACAAAAUGUUUGAAUCAGUUGGUUAUAUUUUGAUUACUUUCUAAAAUCGAUUUUGGUGCCACAAUUAAAAACCUGAUGAGGUGCAAAUUUCAACUAACUUUGACAUUCUGGCGUCAUUUCAGUACAAAAACAAUUUAAUUGGGCUGGGUAUUAUAUUAUUAACUAAGAAUAAUUUUCUGAUUAAGCGUUUAUUACGCACGCUAUUCUUUGUCAUUAAAUUUACUUAUUUAUCUUAUGUACAGGGAAAGUAUUGAAUAUAGAUAGACCUUAAUAAUGUGCCAAAAAUAACAUAAUGGGUAAUUAGCUAAUUAGCCCAUGUAUACUUAUUUUUGACACUUUGUUCCUGUCUGUAUCUACAUCUAUUCUACUACCUACUAAGCUUUUAACGAUUGUACAAUUUUAAAAUGCGAAAAUGCAAUUUUUAAUAGUAUGGAAAGUAUGUACCUAUUAUUGUUCAAACGACUAUCACUGUGUAACCGAAUAUUUCAUAUACCUAUAAUGAAUAAUCAAUAUUCAGUAAAGACAUUGUCAUGAACAUUUAGCAUUUAAUUAUUUAAUUUAUAUGCGUAUUUUUCUCGCAUUUACAAUGCUGUUGUUGUUCUGCCUAGAUUGGACUAGCGGUUACAGUUCCAUAGUAUUCAAUAAAAUAUUUUUAAAAUAUAUUUUUGUGAAAGUUUUGUGGUUACAUUUCUGGAGAAAAUAUUGUCAGAUGUCCAUCUACAAUCAUUCAUUUGUAUUUUCUGGGCGAAUAAAGCGUUAGUGCAUUAACA